AUGCCUUCCAUCUUCAAGCUGCCCCACGAAGACGGCCCCAUCCUUGUGCGCGGAGUGCCCAGACCUUCCACCCACAAUCGCCCUCUCGACCUCGAUCUGACGGCAACAGAUGAUGCACAGAUGUUCAGCCUGAGACUGCAACACAGCAAGAUCUCGCGUUACAGAAAUGAGGGCGGUCCUUUGUCACACGAGGAAUGGGAGUCUUGCCUGACUUCCCUCCUUCUGGGGACUCAACCAAUCUCCCAUUUUCAUGUUGAAGCGCGAUUCGAUAACGGGAAUCUGGAGAUCGACAUUGGGAACAGGGUGUCCGGAGCCACGAAUACAGCCGGCACCCUCAUCUUGACACCCAGCGAGUCGUCCAGGAGGGCUUUUGAUUGGUUCCAAUGGACCUGCGAAGCUGCUUCGCGCCAGAAUCAGCUGGCUGAGGAGCUGGCCGAGCUGAAACGCAAACAUGCAGACUUGGAGAGGCUCGUUACCGAGGAGACGGUGCAUAUCAAAGCGCUCGAGCGCAGCAAGCAUGAGUUCGAGUCAGAGCACGAUUCGUUUUUCAGGGAUCUGCUUAACGAGAAGAAACUCAAAAUCCGCACCCAGGAGCAGAUCUUGUCCACCGCACACGUGGAUGAGGCGAAGCUCGCAGCUCUUAAUUCCAAGGCCAAGGCAGGCAAAUCGGAAGCCACCGCGAGGCAUCCGGAUGCAGUCGGGUCUUCGAGGAAGGGCAAGCGCAAAGCAGAGUCUCUUGGUGACGACACUGACGACGACGCUGACAAGAUGGACAUUGACGAGGAGUCAAUGAGCCCAGACCAGGAACUGUCCGAUGCCGAGCAGACGACAGAGGAAGAACAGACGGCCAGUGAGCCCGAGCCCGAGCCCGAGCCUGAGCCCGACCAAAGGUCCAAGAAACACACUGGAUCCUCUGGUGCCAAGAAGGCUGGGAGAGGCUCUCUCGUCUCAGCGUCCAAGUCUGUCGCAAAGUCUAACAAGCCGCCUAGCUCAAAUCUGCGAGGCAAGUCCCCUGCAGUUGCGGCUGAUGAUGAAGAUAAAGACAUGCCCGCGCCCAGGGCACUGCCCUUCGGCCGAAAGGCGAAGCCUGUUCCGGACCCAGCUGAUGAUGAAUCAACGGCCUCAGAGAGCUGA